AUGGAUGAUUAUGGAGAUGUUAGCUUUGGUUAUGAGGCGGAUUAUGGGUUGCCUGGCAACCGUGUUGGGCUAGCGCUCAUUGGUGCAAUGGGUCUAAUAUCAGCAUUAUCCACCUUGGUUCUCAUAGGCUAUAUUAUGGUGGGUAAAGAUCAUGACCAACCUAUGGUACAAGGCAUACGCUCCUUCACGCACAGCGCGCUAGGAGUUUUCCUAUGCAGCCUUCUCAUCAGCGAUAUGAUCCAAGGCGCGGCUUUUGCAAUCAACUUUAAAUGGGCGGCUGAUGGAAGCGUGCAUUCGGGCCUGGCAUGUACUGCUCAAGGCGCUGUGUCUCAGUUCGGAGAUUUAGGAUCUGCUUUAUGGUCGCUGGCAAUUUCGAUGCACACUUUCAGUCUGUUAUUUCUUGUCCAAAAGCCGCCUGUAUGGUUGACGUGGAUGAUAUUUAUCGUUGGUUGGGUACUCAUAGCCGUGUUACCGAUUCUCGGCCCGUAUGGGAUUCAAAAGCUCGAGACCAAGGGAGAGUUUUAUGGAGUAUCGGGCGCUUGGUGCUGGAUUGGGCAUGGAUACCAGUUAGAAAGAUUCCUAUACGUUUAUAUGUGGAUCUUUCUGUCUCUUGUCACCUCGCUCAUACUUUACGGCCUCGUAUACCUUCGUUUUUCUGGUCGUCUCGUACUUAAAAAAGGAAGGUUUCACUGGAGCUCUAAGCCGACGGGUUGGUCAUCUGGACUUUUUUCCUCCGGGGUACACGAACCUACUGCGACAUCGCGCCCGUACAGUACUUUCCAGUCACACUCGCCAUCGCAACGUAUGACUGAAUCGGAAAAGAAUGGGAUCGGGAAACACUUAAAGUCAAUUUCGAAGCGGCUGAUGCUGUAUCCGCUCGUAUAUUCAGUCGUGACUUUGCCAGUUGCCGCGUGUCGUAUAGGCGCUGUUUCUGGAUGGAAGCCUCCUUUACCUAUGUACAUCUUUGCAGGGAUAUCAUUUACUAGCUCUGGCUUAACUAAUGUUAUCCUCUUCAUCGUCACUCGACACGCACUGCUGCGCAAAGUUGUAUCCGUUCGACCGCAAAUACAUGUAACCACUCAUCAAGUUACCGUUCUCGAAGACGCCCGGGGAGUGCAAACUAUCCACCUGCCUCGAUUGGGGAAGCCCUCUGAAGAUCGCGAGUCCAACAGCGACAACAGUGUGUCAGAAGAACUUGACGAGUCCUUCGGGAUGUCCAAAAAGUACGAGUCGGUUCCGGCUGGCUCUGCCCCACCCUCUCCAAACCCGGCGGGAAACGCGUCCACUACUCGAUUAUCAUAG